AUGAAAUCAGGUGUAUACGAUGAAGUCAUGAGCUUUGCCAAAGAUUAUAUUGAUACAAUUAACGCUCUUUAUCAACUAAAAGCAAAUGAUGAAGAAGAGAUAGACGCAUUUUACAAAUUUCUCAAGACAAAUUUACUUGAUACAAAACUCUAUAAACCAGGAGAACUCAUUCGUGAAAUACAAGAUGUCGCUGUAUUCAAUAAUCGCUAUUUUAAAUCGUUUUGGACAAUAGCCAAAAGAAUAUUUGAAGAUUAUCAACCAAAAGUAAUCGAGAGAAUUACGCCGCUUUUUGACUAUUUCUUUUAUAAAGAAUAUGGAAUUGUUUUUAAUGAGACAAAUAAGAAAUAUUUCAACCAAUUUGAAGCGAAAAAUUAUUCAAUAGAUGUUCAUGAAGAAAACUCAAUAUAUAAAGCGAUUAUGAAAAAUGAUAUAAAAUCAUUUAUAAUAUUCACAGAAAUGGAUGGUUUUGAUAAGGAUCAAAAAUACUCUAGCAAUUUCUAUCCAAGGCAAUCUACUUCUUAUACUUUGAUUGAGUUAUGUUGUUAUCAUGGAGCUGUUGAUUGCUUUAAGUUAUUAAGAUCAAAAUUCAACUCAAAAAUCACUCAUAAAUGCCUUCAUUUUUCUUUUUUGAGUGGAAAUCCAGAAAUAUUAAAUGAAUGCUUGAAAUACGAAAAACCAUGCAGAGAUUGCAUCAGCUAUGCAAUAAUUUCUCACAAUAUUGAUUUUGUCACGUAUUUGAUGAAUGAACAUAACAUACCAAUUUAUAUAAAUUGUUGCAAUGAUUUCAACAAUCUCCAAACAUAUUUAAUUGGUUUAGAGCAAACAAAUGAUUUCAACUCAUGUUUUCUUCAUCGUCCAUAUUUCCAUCUUCCUGCAUUUUAUAAAUAUAUACUCGACCAUUGUCCUGAUAUAACUAAAAAAGGUAACUUUUAUGGAAGACGAGCUUUUGAAAAUGUUAUAAAUGAAAAUAGAUAUGACAUUGCUGAAAUUCUUAUUUCUCACGGUGUAGAUGUAAAUAUAAUGAAUGAUGUUGAAGAGUCUGCACUUCAUUUAGCAGCAAUAAAUGGUCGAAAAGAAUUAGUUGAACUCUUUAUUUCUAACGGCGUAGAUGUAAAUAUCAAAGAGAGAUAUAACCAUACACCUCUUCAUUAUGCAGCAAAAAAUGGAAAUAAAGAAAUAGUUCAACUUCUUAUUGAUAAUGGGGCAGUUGUUAAUGCAAAAAACAAUCAAAAUAUUACUCCUAUUCAUGAGACCCUCAAUAAUAAAAAUACCGAAGCAUUAGAAAUCCUUAUCGCUAAUGGAGCAGAUGUCAAUGCAAUAACAGCUGAUGGAUAUAGUCCUCUUCAUAUGGCAAUAUACAUAUGUAAUUCUAAUGCAGCUGAAGUUCUUCUUUCGCAUGGCGCCGAUAUUAAUAAGACAAACUACCUUAAUGAAACUGCCCUCCAUAUUGCAGCAAAAGAAAAUAAAAUAGAUAUGGUAAAAUUGCUUAUUUCACAUGGAGCGGAUGUUAAUAUUAGAAAUUAUGAAAAAAAAUCUGCUCUUGAUUAUGCAGUAAAUAAGAAUUAUAAAGAAAUAGCAGAUAUUCUCAUAUCUCAUGGAGAUGUUAACUCAAACUCUAAUGUAUGA